AUGCUUUUUUAUCUUCUCAUCGGUGUUCAACGAUUUAUAGUUAUACUGAAUUUUGAGAAAACUUCCAAAUAUGUUCAAGGAAAAUAUUUGACACGUAUUCUAAUUUUGAUUAUGUUUUUGAAAUACACACAUAAUAUAAUGGGAGCUAUUGGUUGUAGCGAUAAAUUUUGCACACUUUAUUCAAUUAUCGCUCAAGAUUUUGAAUGUCGACGAGCUUUUAAAUUAGAACAUAAUAGUUUACUUUAUAGUUACCUGAAUUUGGCAACAGAUAUUGUUAUACCUACAAUCUCUUUCAUAAUCUACAUUGUUUUGCUGAAAACAAUUCAUAAAAAUCAACAUAUUUUAUCAGAAACGCGUCGCAAAUCGGAACUCGCUAUAAUUCAUCAAAAUUUACCGAUUUUCUAUUUAUUCAUGAUUCGGAUAAUUGGAGUUUUGUUAUUUUACAUGGUUCAAACAUCCGAUGAAUAUUUGCAGUAUAUUAUUGGAAGUUUGACAUGUCGCACUAUAACAGUCUCAGAUUUAUUUCCAGUUACAUAUAUUAUUGCGAAUUUUAAACGACUUCGAGAUAUGAUGCCUUGUAAAUUUUUGAAAAAUCAAGUUUAUGUUGCUCCUUUAUCUACAAUCGCUUCUUGA